UACAUCUGCAUUAGAACACUUUACAUCAUGAAAUUAGUCAUUUUCACCACCUUGGUAGGUGUAGCGAUCAGCGCCCGCCUAGACUCAUAUCUACCUCCUUUGGGUGGCGGAUUCGGUAGAGGAGGCGGAUUCGGCGGCGGCGGCGGCGGCGGCGGAGGUGGGGGCGGUUUUGGAGGUGGUUUUGGCGGGGGCGGUUACAGUGGGGGCCCACAAAUCCCAAUUCUAAGACUGGACAACAACCCCAACCAAGGCGACGGCAGCUACAGCUACGCCUACGAGACCGGCAACGGCAUCGCGGCCCAGGAGAGGGGCUUUUUGAAAGGCGUCGGACCGGAGGGAGCCCAGGAGGCAGACGGAUCCUUCUCUUAUACGGCGCCCGAUGGCCAGAGGAUAAGCUUGCAGUAUGUGGCAGACGAGAACGGUUUCAGGCCGGUUGGAUCGCACUUGCCCACACCCCCGCCUAUACCGGAUGCAAUCCUCAGAUCUCUUGAACAAAACAGGCUAGGAGGCGGCGGUGGUUACACAGACGACGGAGACGACGGCCAAUAUCGACCUGGAGGCGGCGGUGGAGGUGGUGGAUUUAGAGGAUAUCGGUACUAAACAGAUCUCGUUUACAGUUUAAUUAGCCAGUACGCCACAAUAUGAAUAGAUUUUUUAAUAAUGAUUAUAAUUAUUAGUGCUCUAUCUGAUGGAUGACAGAUUAUGUUUAAGAACCUAGGUAUAUCUUUAUAAUUUAUUAUUACAUAUCACUUACUGUAACUCUGUAAUUGCUGUGAAUUGAAUAUUUUCAUA